AUGCGUGCUGGUGGUUCAUGCAGUGACCGCAUCCUCGUCGGUGCCGUCAUUACCUGUGUGCUCUUCGCUUCUUUGCUGGAGGACGUUGGGGGCUGGGAGGAUGCGAGGAGAGCACAGCAUGGCUCCUCCAUGAUGGCGAAGCUGCGACGGAUCGGAGACGCUCGGGAGAGGAGGAGCGAGUGCGACUGGCUGGACGAGAGGAUGAUGCUGAGGGGGGGGACGAGCGGGAUGGAGGAGAGCAGGGAGCAGGAGAGCCAAGGGCGGGAGAGCAGGGGAGGGGGAGCCGAGACAGUAGAUGGCGGGACCAAACGAGCAGCAGGUACUGGGAAGUUGCCGGAAAGAAAGAGGACGAAAGGAGAAGACGGCUCGGGGAGGCCGCGAACUGAUUGGACGCAAGCAGGGAGGAGCAAGAGAGUGAUUCGAAUCCCGAGGGAGCUGAUGAAGAACAUGCGGUUGCUGUUGAAGGACGUCGGGGCCAAGGGGAUCGAGGAGGAGGAGGCGGUAGAGAAGUACCAAGAUAUGUACAGUGAGGACCUAAGGACGGUGAUGAUGAUGGAGAUGAUGAUGAUGGAGAUGAUGAUGAUGGAGAUGAUGAUGAUGAUGAUGAUGAUGAUGAUGAGGAUGAUGAUGAUGGAGAUGAUGGAGAUGAUGAUGAUGAUGGAGAUUAUGGAGAUGGAGAUGAUGAAAAUGGUGAUGGUGGUGGUUCUGGCGGCGGCGGUCGUGGGAGUGAUGGUCUUCAGCGACGUUCUCUCCCUCAAGCUCUUGCAGAGCGUGAGGCGGUCAGAGGCAGCAGCUGUCAAGACCUUCUCCUCCUCCUUCAUCGCCGUCCCCGUCGCUGACGUCGAGCGGCUCUGGAAGCAGCUCUCCCCGUCUUCCUCCGCCGCCUCCUCCCCCAGCUGGACUCUACCUGGGAACGUGGCGGAUGAUCCCAGGAAGCUGCGGCAGCUCUUCGACGAGGGGCUGGUGAAGUUCACGCCAGCUGGAGGAGACGACGACGCGUUCAUCAUCCAGUACGCAUGGGAGAGCGACGGGUGGAUCGUCAGCAACGACAACUACCGAGAGUUCAAGGCAGCAGCCCAGGAGGGCUGGCAGCCGGACUGGCUGACGAGGAGGAAAAUCUUCUAUGCCUUCCUAGGAACCACCUUCAUCCCUACCGCUCCUAAGAUCCUCCGCAAGCCCCCGCCGGACUACGCGCCGCCGCCGCUGCCUCCUCCUCCUCCUUCCUUGCACCCCCCUGUCACUUCACUCCCUGCUGGGUUAGGUGAGGACGUGGAGGGGAUGGAGCUGGAGGCCCAGGUGAUGCACAAGGGCCGGCUGGAGCGACUGGCAGCGAUGGAGGAGGAGGUGGAGGAGGAGCAGCUGCUGGAGCUGCCUCCCGACCCUGGUGCUCAGCUCAGCCCUGACGUCUCCUUCCUCUCCCAAGAGCUCUCGAGCUUGCGGCAAGACUUCGCCGUGCUGUCGCAGACGGUGGUGGAGGAGCAGAGGAGUCAAGGGGCCAAGAUCGACGAGCUGCUGACGCUGGUGCGGGGUAUGCAGCAACAGCAGCAGCAGCAACAGCAGCAGCAGCAGCAGCAGCAGCCCGUGAUGGUGAGCUGCUGA